ACACUGACAAAUUACAAUGUGUUUACUUCUAUUUCUAUUCAUGAACACGUGUUUGUUAUGUUAUUUAUAUUAAUGUAAAAAUCUUAUUUAUAGUGUAUAUAAAUAUAAGUGAUAUAAUAUUAAAAUAAAAAUAUGUCGUUAGUACUAACUAAGGCAGCUCUUGCUUUAAAAAAUGCCGAAAGUAAUUUGCAAGUUGUUAAAUUCGAAGCACACAAACCUAAAAAGAAAAAAAUAGUUGAAAGCGAAAAUGAUCAAGAAGAUAAGGCAACAGGGCCUGCAAAACAGAAUUUAGAAUUGAAAAAAAUACGCCACGAAAUAGUCAAAUUUGGAAUGUCCGGUUUUGAUCCUACAAAAAAAGAAGAAGCUAAAAUAGCUUUAGCUGUUAGCUUAGGAGCGAAACCACCUAAGCGAGAGUAUAUUAAUUAUAAAGAGCUUAUGAAUAAACGAAAGCAAGAGAAACAAAAAUUGAAUGACGAAAAACAAAUGAUGAUCGCAAAGAGCAACCUUAGCACAGGAAUUAAGAAGAAGAAAAAAAAGGGUGUAAAUAAUGAUGUCGGACAUUUCUUAAGCAAUUAUGGAAAGGUACAGAAGAAAGACUUGAAAAAGAACAACAGCAAAGGAUCAGGAAAGAAGAAAAAGAAAUAGCAUUGUAUUUAUUAAUAAUAAAAACUGUAAAUAUUAAUAAAGUGAAAAUCUCUUAAUCUA